AUGGCGUCGCAGGAGGACAUCAACCGCAUGGCGUUCGCGUCGCUGCGGCGCGUGGACCCCUCGAUCACGGCGAUCGUGGUGAGCGCGAAGCACGUGCAGCUGUACAACUUCGACCGCGGGACCAACCAGUGGGAGCGCAUGGAGGUUGAGGGGCCCAUGUACGUGGUCUCGCGAUCAGAGGCGCCCACGCUGCAGAUGAUCAUCCUGAACAAGUCCAACGACCGGAACCACACCGAGGACCUGCUGAACCGCUUCACCCAGGAGCUCCAGCGGCCGUAUCUGCUGUACCGCAACAACCAGGGCCUCGUGCGCGGCCUCUGGUUCCCCCAGCAGGAGGAGUGCCAGGCCAUCUCGACGCAAAUCACCCAGGCUAUCGCCGCGCAUAAGAGCUCCAUGCAGCAGCCGGCCCCGCCGCCGCGCCCCGCGUCCCCCCCGGCCCCCACGGAGAGCGACUCCACCCACAUGGCCAAGCUCAUCAACAAACUCAGCAUCGGGUCGCAGCAGCAGGAACAGGCGCACAUGCACGCGCAGCCCCCGAGCAACAUGCCCGACAUGCGGCAACAGCAGCAGGGCCAGCGCCCGCCGGGCCCCAUGCCAGGGCACCCGGACCAGCCACAGGGGCCGCCCAUGGGGUUCGGGGGCAUGAUGCCGCGCAUGCACCAGGGCGCGGGGCCGCCGAUGCAGCAGCACCAUCAGCAGCAGCACCGGCCCUCGGACGCCCCGCGGCCGCGGAUCAACAGGGAGGUGGUGCGCAAGACGCUGCUGUCGCUCGUGGCGCGGGACGACUUCCUGGACAUGCUGGCGGAGGAGCUCUCGAGGCACGUCUGA